UGCUUUUGCGCGCUAAAGAGAAUUCCCAAACACGGUGUAACCAUUGACCUUCCCCUGGCUCGAGUCUUCUUCCUUCUACUAGUCUUAUCUCCUCAAAUCGAGACAAAGGCCAGUCAUGUAAUAAUACCAGAGGCUCAGCAACGCUGCGUAUUCAAUCUAGCUGGCUAUAUCCUGUCCUAUUUGGAAACUGACCUUAGAGGCGAGAAGUAGAAUAGUAUUUGACGAAAUGGUUCGGGGAGUUCUACUCGAUGUAAUGACUUUUAUCUUCAAUUUUCUUUCCUGGACGCCAUUUACUCUGUUUUAUCCACUCAGGUAUGCUUCUAUUCAGGUAAUGGAGAGUGGCUCUGUCGCCAGAAGUCAACAAUGUCUUGCUUACUGGGUUCUGUUUGCUGCUGUCACGAUUUUGGAAUUGGAGCUCUGCAAGCUUUUCAAAUGGUUUUCUUUCUGGCCUUAUGCAAAGGGGGUCGGGACUCUUCUGUUGGUGAUACCUUACUUCCGCGGUGCUUCUUACAUCUAUAGGCAUUUUAUAAGAACUUAUUUAAUUAGGAAUUCGUCAACGUGGAAUUCAUUCCUCAUCCCAAAGGGAGAUUCUAUACUGAGAAACCAAAAUGACACCUUCAAUGCAAUUGAUGGGAAUUACAUCAAGAAUGGACAAGAAUCGGAGAGUUAUAUCAUUUCUCAGGCCGUGGGGAUGUUUGAUUGGAAUGGCCUUAACCAUAUGGACUCGUGCCGGGAAACUUUUGAUCCCACUUUUAGUGCAAGGAACAAGUAUUCUUGGAGUAAUAAUUCAAAGGAAGUUCAGAAAGAGUGGAGCUGUGCUCUUUGUCUGAUUAGCACUGCAAGUGAAAAAUGCUUGAAGAACCACCUCCAAGGGAGGAGGCACAAGUCAAAGGAAGAACGCUUAAGGCUGGAAUUAGAGGUAAUGGAGACCAGGGCCAAAUCUUCUUUAACCAUGAGGGAGACCAGCAAGAAGAUUUCGCUCAAAAACUUAAACCAAAUUGAAAGGGUUGGUUUUGAAUGGAGCUACCUUCUAGGCCCUGUGUUUAGAUCAAUCAGAUGGUGCCAGUGGGAAAAGCCGGAGAUUGGGUGGAGAAAAUUAAAUACUGAUGGAUCUAUUAAUCAAGAAAAUGCUGGUUUUGGCGGUAUACUUCGUGAUCACAGAGGUGAUGCAAUAUGUGGUUUUGUCUCUAAAGUUUCCCGGGAUGAUAUCUUCAUGGUUGAACUGUGGGCUGUUUGGAGAGGCCUUGUUCUUGCUUUUGGCCUUGGGAGUGAAGCACUAUGGGUUGAAUCUGAUUCAAUGAGUGUAGUGAAAACAAUUAACAAAGAACAACCAUAUAAUGCGAAGGCUAGUAGAUGUUUGCAGCGCAUCUGGGAACUUCUGCAGAAGUUUGAGAAAUCUAAGGUCACUCAUUCAUGGCGCGAGACUAAUAGAGCAGCUGAUCAUCUUGCGAAAAUGGUUCUUCCACAAAUAGACGUUGUCUUAUGGCCUGCUGAUUUCUCAGAUGCCCUUCGCAAUAUUAUUAAGGAUGAUGCUGAAGGAAGAAUGUAUCGCAGAGGGUAGUACUGACUUUGCUUAGUUUGUAAAUUCGUUGUAUGCAACGUUUGAAAAUUGAUAUAGUAACAGUUAAUAGUGAUCCCUAGUUGGAAGAUAGAAAACAGGUUUUCGUAUUAGGAUUCCACUCCAAACGUGUAAAGGACACUUUAUUAAUUUCAUACUCUGAGUUACCAGGGGAAUUGCUUUUUUAUGGAGAUA